AUGACGUACUUCAAUAUCUUGUACUACCAGAUUACAGAAGAAGAAAGAACUCUGAACCCACCGAAUAUCCCCGUCAACUACCAACUCCCCCCCACCUCUCCAUUUCAGUCAAUUGUUCUACAAUCCCAUAACCUACCACCCAGCAUGUCAGACCCGAAGAACACCUCCUCCAUCGCCAUCCUCGGCGCCGGCGAUGUAGGCGCCACAAUCGCAUACAGCCUCAUCAUGAACCCCGUCGCCGGUGACAUCCUGCUUGUCGAUCCCAAGGAAGAAGUGCGAGACGCUCAAGUUGCUGACCUUUCCGAUGCGACCUUCCACGGCAACACCAGUACUAGGAUAAGAGCAGGCACGCACAAAGAAGCCGGACAGUGCGAUAUCGUCGUCAUCGCUGCCGGUGCGAAGCAGAAGAAGGGCGAGAGCAGAACGGAUCUAAUCGGCCGCAAUAAGUCCAUUCUUGAGUCCGCAAUAUCAGAUAUGAAGCCGUUUCGCGAGGAUACUGUACUGUUGUUGGUCGCCAACCCCGUCGACGUACUCACCUACUUUGCCCAACAAUACUCUGGUCUCCCUAAAUCCCAGGUCAUCGGCAGCGGUACCUUCCUCGACUCUGCGCGCCUCCGCGGUAUUCUCGCUUCCAAGGCUGAAGUCGCCGCGUCUAGCAUCGAAGCGUACGUCUUGGGGGAGCAUGGUGAGAGUCAGUUUGUUGCCUGGAGUCUUGCUUCCAUCGGCGGCGUCCCGUUGUCUUCUGCGUUAUCUUCCAAGCAAUCAGGCGCGUUGGACAAGAACGGCAUCGCGGAGGAGACGAAGAACAAAGCCACUUCCAUCAUCGAGAACAAGGGUGCGACGAACUACGGCAUCGGCGGCGUUGCAGCAUCGAUAUGUAAAUCCAUCAUCUUCGAUGAGAAAAUUGUGAGGCCGGUUAGUACGUAUCAGGAAGAUUUGGAGAUGCCGUUGGAUUCAGAGGAGAAGGCGAAGUUGGAAAGCAGUGCGAAAGCGCUGAAAGAGGUGAUUGAGGCGUGA